GUGAAUUGAUCUACACUCUGACCAGCAGAGACCUCCAGGUGCUCCGUAUUCUCACCAGCACUUGGUCAGUAUGUACCCAUUUUGCAGAGAAGGCAUCUGAGGCUCAGAGAGGCUGCCUCCCAGGCAGUGAGAGAUUCUGGGUCCUACUCUGUCACCUCUCACCUCCUCUCGUCCUGCAUCCUGCCCCCACUGUGCCCUCCCAGCCUGGCUGUGGGGUGGGGUGGGACAGACAGGGUCACGUGGAGUUGCGUUCAGCGGGAGGAAGCCAGGCAGGGUGCAGACGGCUGCCGAUUUUGGGGCUGGUCGGGAAAUCAAGGUAAGGGAGGGAGUGCAUGUGGCCACUAAGGGGGUUCCCUGGGGGCAGAGCUGAGAGUGGGGAGGGGGCCAAGAUGAGGACAGCAUGUGGGAACACACUGGGCAGAACUGUCACCCUGUUGUCCCCCAGGAGAACCCCUGCCAUGGACCCAUCAUCACCGUGCAAGGCCUCCCAAACCCAGCCUGCAGCUUCGUCCCUGCUAACCUCCUACCGCUGGCACACAGGGGGUGAUGGGGAGAAAGUAGCUGGAGGGUCCCGCUGGGGCCGACUUGCAGGCUGGGGGAGGGCGCUAAGCCACCAGGAGCCCGUGGUCAACAGUCAGCCAGCCUCUCGCUCGCUGUUCCGUCGUGUCCUCUCUGCGCCCCCCAAGGAAUCACGCACAAGCCGCCUCCGGCUAUCCAAGACCCUCUGGGGGAGGCAUAAGAGCCCACCGCUGGAACCAGAGCCAGAGCCGGAGGCCCCAGGUACAUGGCUCCCCCACCCAGGCUGGGAGGGAGGCCGGAUGCUUGGGUUUUGUCUGCCUCCGGAGCAUCAGCUCUACAGACACAGGAAGUUCUGGUUCCCGGCAGAGCUGGGCACUGUGUUUUCAGGCUGGAGAGAAGCAUGCAAGGCCCGUGGCUCUGAGGCACUGGGCCCCCGACUGGUGUGUGCCUCUCUCUUCCUGCGGCUCCUGUGUCCUGCCAUCCUGGCACCCAGCCUCUUUGGUCUGGCACCAGAGCACCCCGCACCUGGCCCAGCCCGCGCCCUCACACUGAUCGCCAAGGUCAUCCAGAACCUCGCCAACAGUGCCCCGUUUGGUGAGAAGGAGGCCUACAUGGGCUUCAUGAAUAGCUUCCUGGAGGAUCAUGGACCAGCCAUGCAACAAUUCCUGGACCAAGUGGCCAUGGUGGAUGUGGAUGCAGCACCCAGUGGUUACCAGGGCAGCAGUGACCUAGCCCUCCAGCUGGCAGUCCUGCACGCCCAGCUCUGUACCAUCUUUGCUGAACUUGACCAGGCAACCCGUGACAGCCUGGAACCCCUGCCCACCAUCCUGCGAGCCAUUGAGGAGGGCCGGCCUGUACCUGUGACUGUGCCAAUGCGUCUCCCACCACCCCCAGCCCAAGUUCACGCCAGCCGCGGCCGGCCCUGGACCGGGGCCUCAGCAUCGUUGCCUCGGAAGCCCUCGGUGCCGUGGCAGCGCCAGCUGGACCAGCCGCGGGACAGAGACCAGGCGCUGGGCACGCACCGACCCGUGGGCAAGUUGGCAGAGCUGCAGUGUGAGGUGGCCUCCCUGCGCGAGGAACAGAAGGCUCUGUCCCGCCUCGUGGAGUCGCUGGGCACCGACAUCCGGGGUUUGAUGGAGAGGCAGGAGCAGCUUCAGGGCCAGCUGCAAGACCUGGACUCCAGGCUCCGCCAACGGACCUCGCAGUUGGAUCCAGAGAGUGGCCGUCCAAGCGGUGAGGAUCACAGGCUGAGAAGUCUGGAGCGCCGCCUGGCUGAGAUGGAGAGUACUCAGGUCCAGCUGAGGAAUGUGGUGCAAAGCCUGCAGCUUCUUUCAAGAACGCCGGGAUCCCGGAGCCAGUCCCUCCCCCUCAAACCACCGUGUAUCAACGGAGAUACCACCUGAGCUGUCCACUCUGCCCCACGUGGUCUGGGAGCAGAUGGCCGCCCCAGAGGCCUGUCCGACCCCUGUUCCAGCCCUAAGUGGCCUACAGUAGG